GCAGUGUCUGCUGCGCUCGUUCACUUCGGGCUCAAUAAAUGACGCGCAGAUAGACAGCAGCCCUCGCAAAGCACGAUCUCUCCAGAACUCUCUCUGGUCUGUACAGAAUCUCAGACACUUUUCACUGCACCCAGUCUUCCCGGGACAAAGCUUGUUUUUUUCCCUCUCCACGUUAAACAUUCGAGGCAGCAGAGGGAAUGCAACGCGCCGGGAAGAAUCCCGAUCACUGGAGACGAUUAUGUACAAACAGUAUCCGUUUCUGCAGUUACAGCACUUUAUAUUUAUUGUUUUUUAGUCUGGAACUAAAGAGCGCCGUGUCAGCUGACUCAGACACGUUCACUUUUCUCCAUGAGGGCACCCGGGGCUGUCUGGGCGUGCGGGACAGCGUCCUGUACAUGUCCGACCGCUGCGAGGGCGACGCCCAGCUCUGGAAGUGGGUGUCCAGGAGCCGCCUGUUCAACCUGGGCUCCUCCCUCUGCCUGGGCAUCACUGUGGGCAACUCGAGCCGGGGCGGCGAGCGCACGCCGCUGGGCAUGUACACGUGCGACCGGGAGCCACCGCGGGUGCGCUGGACCUGGUACUGCGCUCAGGUGCUGGAGAGCCUGAACACCUACCUGCCCGCCUCUGCGUUGCCCGGCAACGCCUCCACCGACACCCCUGCCGACGGGUCCUGGAGACUCUACGGCGAUGACCAAGACCUCUGUUCCAGGCGUGCCCAAGAGAUCUACACCAUCCAGGGCAACUCUCACGGCCGGCCGUGCUUCCUGCCCUUCCUGUACGAUGGCCAGUGGUUCCACAGCUGCACCAGCGUGGGCCGCGAGGACGGGCACAUGUGGUGCGGCACAACCUUCGACUACGGCAAGGACGAGCGCUGGGGCUUCUGCCCUGUCAAGAGUAAUGACUGCGAGACGUUCUGGGACACGGACUCGCUGAUGGACAACUGCUACCAGUUUAACUUCCACGCCACCCUGUCCUGGAGCGAGGCCCGCGUCAGCUGCCAACAGCAGGGCGCCGACCUGCUGAGCAUCACCAAGGUGGAGGAGCAGACCUACAUCAACGGUCUGCUAACCGGCUACAGCGCCUCCCUGUGGACGGGCCUGAAUGAUCUGGACCUGAAUGGAGGCUGGCAGUGGGCUGACUCCGCCCCUCUCAAGUACCUAAACUGGGAGCUAGACCAGCCCAACAUGCGAAGUGAGGAUGAUGUGGAGAACUGUGCGGUGAUCCGCACUGAGACAUCUGGACGCUGGCAGAACCGGGAUUGUUCCAUUGCUCUGCCUUAUGUCUGCAAGAAGAGACCCAACGCCACACUGGACCCCUUUACCACGGACUCCUGGUCAGAUGAUGAGGAGUAUCAGUGUGAGCUGGGGUGGCAGUCCUUCCAGGCUGGCUGCUACAGGAUGAACAGAGACAAGCAAGACUGGCACUCCGCUCAGACCACCUGCCAGAAGAUGGAGGCCAGCCUGGUCAGCAUACACACCCUACCAGAGCUGGAGUUCAUCAUCAACAUGAGGAAAGAGGUGGACGAGCUCUGGCUUGGUCUCCAUGACCAGGCCAUGCAGAUGAACUUUGAGUGGACAGACCGCACGCCCGUCAUUUUUACCUACUGGCACCCGUUUGAGCCCAACAACUUCCACAACGUCCCAGAGGACUGCGUCACCCUGUGGGGCCCUGAUGGCCGCUGGGACGACAGUCCUUGUAAUCACACCUGGCCCUCCAUCUGUAAGAAGCCUGCACAGAAGAUAGAUGGCAAGAAGAAGGACCAUGGCUGUAAACAAAGCUGGCACUGGCAUAGUCCUUCUUGCUUUUUGGUGGGGGAGCUUCAGGUCUCCUUCGAAGAGGCCCAAAAGACAUGUGCCAGCAACGAGGCCACACUGGUCACAAUAAACAACAGGUUUGAGCAGGCGUUUGUGAACAGCCUGAUUUUUGGCCGCUCUGGAGAUUCCUUCUGGAUUGACCUGCAGGACCAGAAAAACACUGGCUCCUACCGCUGGGAGGUGGGACAAGCAGUCUCAUACACAAACUGGAACAGAGACCAGCCCUCUCGGAAAGGAGGCUGUGUAGCCAUGGUGACGGGUCAUGCCACAGGACUAUGGGAAGUGAAGGAUUGUGGGACGGCUCGGGCCAAGUUUUUGUGCCGACAGAAUAAAGGCCCCUCUCCCAGCCCCGCGCCCCCCGCCCCCCACCCCACCCCCAGUCUGACUGGCAGCUGCCCCGGAGGCUGGAAAUCCACCAACACACUGCCCCACUGCUACAAGGUGUUUUACAUAGGGGAUGUGGAUACGCGGUUGACAUGGCAACAAGCACACGCACUCUGUUCCAGCCAUGGAGGGAACCUACUGAGUGUGAGCGGACCAGAGGAAGAGUCAUACAUUGAGCAAAUCCUGCACGAGCGCUUUGGUGAGUCAGAGGACCACGAUCAGCACUGGUUCUGGAUCGGCCUCCACCGGCAGAACCCUCUCGACAACGACAGCUGGAAGUGGAGUGACAGAACCCCUUAUACAUAUCAGAACUUUGCGAGGUAUUACUCUCCCAUGAGGAAGUGUGUGGCAGUGGAUCUGGGCACGAAGCACUGGCUGCCAAUGCACUGUGAGUCAGAGCUGGACUGGAUCUGCAAAAUUCCCAAAGGAGUGAAGGAGAACAUCCCAGAGGAAACUGAAGACUCCGGGCUGAGCUGGGUGACGUUCGAGGAGGCGGACUACAGGUUCUCCGAGCACCGCUCCAACUGGGCCCAGGCUCAGAGGAUCUGCACCUGGGCCGAGGCCUCGCUGGCCUCCGUCCACUCCGCCGCCGAGGACCUAUUCCUCAGGAACACCAUGCGCAAGUUGUCGAAGGACAGUGAGAACUGGUGGCUGGGUCUGCACACGUAUGAGAACGAUGGGCGCUUCCGCUGGUCUGAUAACUCUGUGCUCAACUACGUGUCCUGGGCCACAGGGCGCCCCUUUGCCAUCAGCCGAGACAGGAAAUGUGUUUACAUGACAGCCAGUGAAGGAGAAUGGGCAGAUCAGAAGUGCCUCACUGACUAUCGCUACAUUUGUAAGAGAGUGAAUGUCACGGGCACAGUGCCCCCAACUCCUUCCCUCCCCCCUCAGUCUGCAGGCUGCUCUGAUGGAUGGAGCCCCUUCCUGCACAAGUGUUAUAAGGUGCUUGGCCAUGACGAGUCUAGACGCGCCACCUGGUCUGCUGCCAGCUCCAUUUGCCAGUCUCAGGGGGCGAAGCUGGCAACUGUGCCUAGUCAUGUGGAGCAAGCCUUCUUGAUCGCCAUCCUGCCCAACACAAGUUUCCACAUGUGGGUGGGCCUGAACUCUGACCCCAGGUCCCAAUUCCGCUGGGAGGAGCCGGGCUUGCUGAGCUACACCAACUGGGCGCCCGGAGAGCCCAAAGACAACAGCGGCACACAGACAAGCAAGACCCCGGGUAACUGUGUGGUGAUGCUGCAUGGCAGUCCUGCCCGUACCACAGGCAUGUGGGCCUCACGGGGCUGUGAGACGGAGAAGCACGGUUUUGUCUGCAUGAAGAGCAAAGACCCGGCCAUACCUGCUGGCGUGGACGCUCUCCCGCCAUCGCUGUCGGGGCCUCUGGAGUUCGAGGGCGUGUCGUACCGGCUGCUGCAGAAGCGUCUUGACUGGGAGGGGGCGCUGCACGUGUGCGAGUCGCUCAACGGGACGCUGGCCAGCGUGCACGACCCCCGCCAGCAGGCCUACCUCACGCUGCUGCUCCACGGCCUGCGCAAGCCUGCCUGGAUCGGUCUGCAGAACGACAUGGGAAGGGUGUUCUCCUGGCUAGGGGAGGAGGAGCUGACCUACACGGCCUGGAGGGAUGGGGAACCCAAUCACAUGCUGGGGUGCGGUCACAUGGCCCCGUCUGGCCUAUGGACUGUCUCCCGCUGCGAAGGCAAACUGAACAACACCAUCUGUGAGAUUAACCCAGAGAGGGCCAUUGAUCACAGGUGGAUGUAUGCAGGUAACUGCCCCCAGGCUGUGGAUGGCUGGGCCUGGGUGGCCUUCAGGAAUAGCUGCUACGCCUUUAACCUGGACCAGCUGAGGCUACAGCAUGAGGCCAGACACAUCUGCAGCGAAGCGGGUGCGGAGCUGCUGUCUGUGCUCGAUGAGAGCGAGAGCAGCUUUAUCUGGGAGCACACGCAGGGCUACCAGGACCAGGCCCACGGGGCGUGGCUCGGCCUCAGCUUCAACCCUCAAGAUGGCACUCUACAGUGGACGGAGGACAUGGCUCUGGGCUACACUAACUGGGAGCUGCAGGAUGCCAACCUGGGCAUGCUGUCCCCCAGCACCUGUUUCUGGGUGGAGAGCAACACAGGACUGUGGAAGCCCAGUCCCUGCAAGAACCACACACACGGCGUCAUCUGCAAACGCCCACGCGGUGUUGAUGCCUCUCCUGUAAUCUCUGAAGCGGAACAUCUCCCUGCACUGCUGCUGAUUCUGGUGGCGUUGCUGCUUCUGGUUGCUCUGGUGCUGGGCGUGGUGUUUCUGUACCGUAGGCGGGCCUCGGGCCUGGGAGGGUCCUAUGAGGGAGCUCGGUACAGCCGCACAAACUCCACGCCCUCCGAGCAGCAAGAGAAGAACAUCCUCGUGUCGGACAUGGAGUUGAACGAGCAGCCGGAAUAAUCCAGAACAAACUGGACUGGAGGAGACAAGCCCAGACCGGGACUGAAAGACAGGAUUUCACAUUCCCUGUUGUAUAUUUGCCUUUUGUUUUGUUUUGUUUUCGUUUGUUUGUUUGUUUGUUUUGAAGAUACUGAGAGGGCUGUGUGGAGCACAGCGGAUGUCAAUCAAAAGUGAACAGACUUGAAAACCCCACCUAACCACCCUUGUGACCACGAUAGGACACGGCCGCUUGUCAAUCACUCUCAGCUCAACCAAUCACAACGUUUUAUUUUCAGACAACCGUACCAACUGUCCCGAAUGACAAACACCUUUCUUUUUUUAUCUUCACUCAUCAUGCAUCCUCUUCAAGAUUAUUUUUGGACUUUUAAUACAAAGAGUGUUUUGUUUUCCAUGCAUUCUUGCUUUUCUCUAACAGCAACUGACAGUGCCAAAGACUGAGAACUGACCACAAGCCACCACCAACAUACUAAUCUAGCAUCAUGCCUGGUUUAUUUCCGUCAGACGUAUUCACACACACACUGCUCUGUACCAAAGGGGUUCUCUGCCGUAUCAGUAUUCCUGUCUGUAUUGGGUCAGCAUAGGUGUGUGUGUGUGUGUGUGUGUAUGUUUGUGUGUGUGUGUGUGCACGCGUUAAGACCUGGCCAUACCUGAACAUGACAUUGCCACAUGUUUUGGGUCAGCAUGGGUGUGUUUUUAUCUGUUUUUGUCGUGAGGGGACACAUCUUUUGGAAUGGAA